CCUUACACAGUUACACAUGUAAACCUCUCUAUAUAUAGUGUGUGCCAUUGGCCUCGUAGUUAAAUUCAUAUCGAAGAAAACUCAAUUAGAGCUAACAAGAGUUCAAGGCCUCCUCUUGUUACCUCCUUUAUUCACUUUCUUCGAUAAUCUUAUUCAAAAGUAGAAAGAUAUAUAGUCGAAAGUUCAUUUACAAAGCAAUCAAAAUGGCCCUAAACGUAUUGGCUUUUACAUUUGGAAUCAUGGGCAACAUCAUAUCAUUUAUCGUUUUCUUGGCGCCAGUGCCAACGUUUGUUAGGAUCUGCAAGAAAAAAUCUAUAGAAGGCUUUCAAUCACUUCCCUAUGUGUCAGCGCUCUUUAGCGCGAUGCUAUGGAUUUACUACGCUCUGCAGAAAGAUGGAUCAGGCUUCCUUCUGAUUACCAUAAAUGCCGUUGGAUGCUUCAUCGAAACCAUCUACAUCAUCCUCUUCAUAACCUAUGCUAACAAGAAAGCUAGAAUAUCAACUUUGAAAGUUCUUGGACUCUUGAAUUUCUUGGGUUUUGCCGCUAUUAUUCUUGUCUGUGAGCUCUUGACCAAAAAGUCGAACCGUGAGAAAGUCCUUGGAGGGAUUUGCGUCGGAUUUUCCGUUUGCGUCUUCGCAGCUCCUUUGAGCAUCAUGAGAGUGGUGAUACGAACAAAGAGUGUGGAGUUUAUGCCCUUCUCUCUAUCAUUGUUUCUUACACUCAGCGCCAUUACGUGGCUCUUCUACGGUCUUGCUAUUAAAGACUUCUACGUUGCGCUUCCAAAUAUAUUGGGUGCAUUUCUCGGAGCAGUUCAAAUGAUUCUCUACAUCAUAUUCAAGUAUUACAAGGCUCCAAAAACUGAUGACACGGAGAAACCCAAAACGGUGACGGAUCACUCCAUAGACAUGGUCAAGCUUGCAUCAGCAACUCCAGUUUCCGUUGAUUUGAUUGUUCAUCCUCACGCUAAUGAUGGUGGUGACUUAGAGGGUCAGAUGGAAAAGAGUGUGACAAACCAAAUCCAAACCUAAGUAGUUUUUUUAUAUUAAUGAUUUUAUUAAUGUUGUACUGUUGAGUUGUGUCUCACUAGAUUGUACUUUGUCGUCUUGUAUUUCUCCUUACCAUAUUAUUUCGAAACAUCUCGAAAUUGUAUUUUAUCCUUCCAAAAGUAUUUUUAUAAAAUAGUUCUGAUGUUCUCUGACUUGCAUCAUGUUUGAAUACUCUGUUUUUGUUUUGUUUUUCUUUUAGACAAAACUCUUGUACCAAAAGGGAUCAACGAGGUUAAGCUGAUCAGCUCGGGUACGAUUUUGGAGAACCGUUGCUCAGUGUAAAGCACCAUUUGGAGAGAUUGCUGGUGGAGUCACUGUCAUCCAUGUUGUUGCACAGCCUUCUCAAUCAAAAACUACAUGACUCCAAUUUCUUAUGGUUCACGUUUUGUAAGAGUCAUUAACUCCAACCUUCUUUUGUUGUUCUAUUUAAACCAAUGAGAAAAAACUAAAGUUAUGAUA